AUGUCGGCUUUUAAGAGGCAUUUUUCAGAGUGUUAAGAUACUUUCUUGGUUGGAGUUUAUGAAAAUUUAUGUGAUGACAAGUGGGCUUUUGAGCACAAUUGGCAAACAACUUCUACAGAUUUGACAGAAUGCAGAAGAUUCAAUCUCAUGAUUAAAAAUUUAAGCAAAAUCAGUAAUCCGAAAGAAUAUACAAUUACUUUUUGA